AUGACGAUGGAAUUUAUAUUCAAAGAACAUGACAGGACUAUUUUAGAGAAAGUGAGCCUGCUGGGGAAAGACUUAAAAAUACAAAGUGACAUAUUUGUGGUGCAGUGGGACAAAGUGAGGCUGAAAGAUCGAGAGACAGAAGGAGCUUUCACCUUCCAGACUGUUCUCUGUCGUAACGGGACCAUUGUUUUCAGCUACAAAGACGUUCCUUUGCCUGUGGAGAAAAUCAACUCCACUGAGCAUCCAGUGAAAGUGGGGCUGUCUGAUGCCUUCAUGGCAGUUUUGUCUUCUCCACAGUCUCCAGAUGCUAAACGACGGACUAUUUAUGAAUACCAUCGGGUAGAAAUUGACACAACAAAGAUCGGUAAUAGCUCAGCAUUUGAGUUUACCCCCUUACCAACCUGCCUCCAGCACAAUACCUGCGAACAAUGUCUCCAGUCCAACUUGACAUCAGGCUGUGGAUGGUGCAAUACUCUACAAAGGUGUUCAAAUGGAAUAGAUCGAUACAGGCAAGAAUGGCUGGACUACAGUUGUUCAGAAGAG